AAUAAAGGGAUAAACACAAAGACACAUGACAAGCAAAAAUAUUUUAAGAAAUACAAUUAUUUUCUCAACAAAGGAAAUAAAUGCAAAGAAAAUAAUUAAACAAGUAACAUUUGGGUGAGUUUGUGUCCUUUUAGAAAUAGCACUUUUGAAAAGUGAAUUUCUCAUGUACAUAAUGUGUUUAAGGGACAGUCAGUUUGCAUGUGAUUAUAUAUAUACCUGAUAAACUAUGUGUCAUAUUAGCUUUUCUUUUGUCAUGUCACAUGUUACAUACAAGAACGUACGUAAAAUGUCCAAAAACCACAUGAUGAACCAGGUGUUCAUGAAAUAUUUUCUCAUGUUCUACAUUCACAUCUGCUCACAUGUUUUUAAAGGAUGAUAAAGGCAUAUACAGUUUUUUGACAUGUUAUAUGUGAAAUAUAAUAAUUAUCAUAUUUCACAUCUUUUCAUCAUCAUCAUCAUCAUCAUCAUUGUAUUUGUCAUUUGACUCCACAGACACUAUAACCAGAAGACUGGGCCAGAUACAGGACCAAACAGGGCUAAUUAUUUUCUGAUUCUGAGUCAAAGCGAGUUAAACUGGUAGCCCAGUGCUGAGGUGAGGUGGCUUGAGAUUGGUGGUUGCCAUGGCGCCCAGGCCGUCAUCAGGGGAACUGUGGGGGCUCCACCUGAUGCCCCCCCGCAUCCUGGUGGACUGUUGCCUCCCCAACGGGAUGAUGGUGAGUCUGGAGUGUCUUAGAGAAACUCCUCUCAUCAGCAUCAAACAGCAGCUCUUCACGGAGGCCAGGAAGUACCCACUGUAUCACCUGCUGCAGGAGGAGUCGAGUUACAUCUUUGUGGGUGUGACUCAGGAGGCAGAGAGGGAGGAGUUUUAUGACGAGACAAGGCGGCUGUGCGACCUCCGACUGUUUCACCCAAUCCUGAAGGUCAUUGAGCCGCUGGGCAACCGGGAAGAAAAGAUCCUGAACCGAGAGAUAGGGUUUGCCAUUGGGAUGCCAGUCUGUGAGUUUGAGAUGUUGAAGGAUCCAGAGGUUCAGGACUUCCGCCGCUCCAUACUGAGCGUGUGCAGAGAGGCCAUGGAGGAGAGGGAGGGGGGUGGGGCCCACAGCCAAGCACUCUACGUUUACCCCCCCAAUGUGGAAUCCAGUGCCCAACUCCCACAGCACAUCUACAGCAAGCUAGACAAAGGGAGGUUGAUUGUGACUAUCUGGGUGAUCGUGUCUCCGUCCAACUCCAAACAGAAAUACACACUGAAGGUGAGUCAUGACAGUCUACCUGAGCAGCUGAUAGCAGAGUCCAUCAGGAAGAAAAGCCGAUCCAUGCACCUUUCACCUCAGCAGCUCCGCCUCUGUGUCCAGGAGUACCAGGGACAGUACAUCCUGAAGGUGUGUGGCUGUGAUGAGUACCUGUUGGAGAAGUAUCCUCUCAGUCAGUACAAGUACAUCCGCUCCUGUAUCAUUGUGGGUCGUCUUCCUCACCUGAUGCUUGUCUCUAAAGAUAGCCUCUACUCUCAGCUACCUGCCUCUGGCUUCGUCACACCUUCAUACAGUCGCCGGACUCCUCAGCCAUCUCCGUGUCCAGGAGGGGGUGAUGGUUCUCCUCCUCGCUCUCUGUGGGCCUUUAACACUCUGCUGAGGGUCCGACUGCUCUGUGCCACGUACGUCAACGUCAACAUCAGAGACAUUGACAAGAUCUAUGUGAGGACAGGUAUUUAUCAUGGUGGAGAGCCGCUUUGUGACAACGUCAACACACAAAGAGUCCCCUGCUCCAACCCCAGGUGGAACGAGUGGCUGACCUACGACAUCUACCUGGCGGACCUCCCUCGCUCAGCCAGACUCUGCCUUUCCAUCUGCUCUGUGAAGGGAAGGAAGGGAGCCAAGGAGGAGCACUGUCCUCUAGCCUGGGGGAAUGUGAACCUCUUUGACUAUCAGGACAUUUUGGUUUCGGGUAAAGUUGCCCUCAGUCUGUGGCCCGUCCCUCAUGGCCUGGAGGACUUACUCAAUCCCAUUGGGGUCGCUGGUUCAAAUCCCAACAAGGAGACUCCCUGUGUUGAGCUGGAGUUCUCCUGGUUUAAUCAGACGGUGGUGUUUCCUGAUGAGCAGCAGAUAGAAGAACACGCCAACUGGACCAUCAGCCGAGAGCUUGGCUACAACUACUGCCACGGAUUGAGCAGUCGUCUGGCGUGUGACAGCAGUGUUUCAGCAGCAGAUGGGGAGCAACUUCGGUCUCUCUGCUCCAAAGAUCCUCUCUAUGAGCUCUCUGAGCAAGAGAAGGACUUCCUCUGGAGACACAGACAUUACUGUGUAAACAUCCCAGAAUCUCUUCCAAAGCUCCUUCUGUCUGUUAAAUGGAACUCCAGAGACGAAGCGUCACAGAUGUACUGUCUGCUGAAGGAGUGGCCUCUGAUGGAGCCCGAGUCGGCUCUGGAGUUGUUGGACUGUAACUUUCCUGAUCCGAUGGUCAGAGAGUUCGCGCUGCGCUGUUUGGUUCAAGGUCUGACAGACGACAAGCUGUCGCAGUACCUGUUGCAGCUCGUACAGGUGUUAAAGUACGAGAUGUACCUGGACAAUCCUCUGGCUCGUUUCCUGAUCAAGAAAGCUCUGACCAAUCAAAGGAUAGGACACUUCUUCUUCUGGCAUCUCAAGUCAGAGAUGCACAACAAGACAGUGUCCCGACGCUUUGGUCUGCUGCUGGAAGCUUUCUGCAGAGCCUGUGGCAUGUACCUGAAACACCUGAACAGACAGGUGGAGGCCAUGGAUAAACUGGUGAACCUGACAGACACACUCAAACAAGAGAAGAAGGACGAGACACAGAAAACUCAGAUGAAGUUCCUGGUUGAACACAUGUCUCGUCCAGAUUACAUGGAGGCUCUGCAGGGAUUCGUCUCUCCUCUGAACCCUGUUCACCAGCUGGGAAACCUCAGGCUGGAGGAGUGCAGGAUCAUGUCGUCAGCGAAGCGCCCCCUGUGGUUGAACUGGGAAAACCCCGACAUCAUGUCCGAGCUGCUCUUCACCAACAACGAAAUCAUCUUCAAAAACGGAGACGACCUGCGUCAGGACAUGCUGACUCUGCAGAUCAUUAAGAUCAUGGAGAACAUCUGGCAGAACCAGGGCCUGGACCUGCGCAUGCUGCCGUACGGCUGCCUGUCCAUCGGGGACUGUGUGGGUCUGAUCGAGGUGGUGAAGCACAGUUUCACCAUCAUGCAGAUUCAGUGUAAAGGAGGCCUGAAGGGGGCGCUGCAGUUCAACUCCAACACCCUGCACCACUGGAUCAAAGACAAGAACCGGGGAGAGGCGUAUGACCGGGCCAUCGACCUGUUCACCAGGUCGUGUGCAGGUUACUGCGUAGCAACAUUCAUUCUGGGAAUUGGUGACCGACACAACUCCAACAUCAUGGUGAAGGAGAACGGACAGCUGUUCCACAUCGACUUCGGUCACUUCCUGGAUCACAAGAAGAAGAAGUUUGGUUACAAGCGGGAGCGAGUUCCCUUCGUGCUGACGCAGGACUUCCUCAUCGUCAUCAGUAAAGGAGUCCAGGAGUCCACCAAGACCAAAGAGUUUGAGAGGUUCCAGGAGAUGUGCUAUAAAGCUUACCUGGCCAUCCGGCAGCACGCCAGCCUCUUCAUCAACCUGUUCUCCCUCCUGCUCGGCUGCGGGAUGCCCGAACUGCAGAGCUUCGACGACAUCGCCUACCUGAGGAAGACCCUGGCUCUGGAGAAGAGCCAGCAGGAGGCGCUGGAGUAUUUCACCAAACAGAUGAACGACGCUCAUCAUGGAGGCUGGAGCACCAAGAUGGACUGGAUCUUCCACACCAUCAGACACAUGCCUAACGAGCAUUAAUGCCUAACGAGCGCCGAAUGAACAUUAAUAUAUACACACAUAUACAUAUAUAUAACACACACCAUCAGACACACGCCUAACGAACAUUAAU